UAGUUUUCGAUCACGUGACCUCCGCCCUCCCAAAUAAGGACGGCGGCCAUGUUGGAGGUAUAACCGGAGGUCAUUCAGUUAGUUCAGUCGAGCAGAAAAUUAUGUAAAUAUGGUGAACUUUUGUGCUAUCAUUGGCUGCUCGAACACCGCGGGGAGGGACAAAGUGUCAUUCUAUAGAUUACCGGCAAUAAUAAACAAUCAGGGGGAGAAAACGUAUGAAUUAUCGGAAAAACGAAGGAGAAUGUGGCUAUCCCGAAUAAGUAGGGCAGAUUUGGCACCGUCUUCAUAUCCCUAUGUGAGAAUCUGCUCGGAUCAUUUCGUUACAGGAAAGCCUUCUUCUCUCUAUCAAGACUGUGAUCCAGACUGGGCACCUUCCAAAAACCUAGGCCAUCAGAAAAGCCAGCCAGUGCAGCCUACACCAGACCGAACCAUCAGAAUAAAGGGCAGAGUAGAGAAGAAGAAAUAUUUUGAAGCAGCAAGGUCCUUGAUUUCCUUAUUCGAGAGCCGAGGAACUGAGGAUGACGAGAACCCUCCUGAAGAACCUGAACAAUCUUCAGAGUUAAGUACAACUAAUGAAAGUGGCUUGUCAUCACAGUCCGAACUGUGUCAGUGUGGAGUUACAAUUUCUACUAUGGAGACAGAAGUGAACCACCUAACUGUGGAAAACAAUUCCCUGAAAGAACAACUAAAGAGUACUACCCUGACAGAGGAGACCUUCAGAAAAGAUGAUGAAAAAGUAAAGUCAUUCACAGGCUUACCUUCCUUUGCCGUACUCAUAACUCUUUAUGCGUAUGUGGAAUCGGUUCUAGUACAGGGAUAUAACAGUGCACUUUCCAAGUUUCAGAAACUUAUUCUGGUGCUGAUGCGUUUAAAACUUAAUUUACCAGUUCAUUAUUUAGCAGACAAAUUUAGAAUUUCAUCUAGUACUGUGUCCAAGACAUUUCUUAUCACUCUGCAUGCCAUGUACAUAAAACUACAACCACUUAUUUACUGGCCAGCUCAAGAAGAGAGAAGAAAGACAAUGCCAAUGGAAUUCAGGAAGUAUUUUGGUUUAAAAGUAGCUGUGAUCAUUGAUUGUUUUGAACUUUUUAUCGAGAGACCCUCAAACUUGGAGGCAAGAGCCCAAACCUGGUCACAGUAUAAGCAUCACAAUACUGUGAAGUUCCUGAUUGGCAUUUCUCCACAAGGUGUUAUAUCAUUUAUCAGUAACGGCUAUGGUGGGCGUAGUCCAGACAAAUUCAUAACAAAUGACUGUGGUUUUCUAGAGAAGUUAGAAUACGGAGACAUUGUACUCGCAGAUAGAGGGUUCGACAUUGCCGAAAGCCUGGCACAAGUUAGUUGUGAGUUGCGAAUACCAGCUUUCACGAAGGGAAAAAGCCAGCUCUCAGCAUUGGACGUUGAAAGGACCAGGAAAUUGGCACAUGUAAGAAUACAUGUGGAACGUGUCAUUGGAUUAGUACGCAACAAAUACAAAAUGUUACAGGACACUGUUCCAUUAGACUAUUUGGUGUCAACUGAGGGGUCGAGACCUACCAUUGAUAAAGUAGUGACAGUGUGUUGCGCUCUGACAAACAUGUGUAAAUCUGUAGUGCCAUUUGAGUGAUUCAACAAAGUUCAAACUGAUUGAUUGCCCAUGUGUUCUCUAUUACUGUGCAUUCUAUUGUGAUAUAUAUUAUUAUAAUUUAUUUAUUGAACAUGUUGAAAUAGUUGAUUCCUAUUUGUAUAUGUACAUGUAUGUGCAUUUUCGCGUAAUUUGCUGUAUUUUGUGUUGAAACAAGCUGGCCCAAGGACUGAUUGCAACAAUGAACUGUCAGAUUAAUAAUUCUUUAAAUGUAGUCAGAUAUAAAUGUAGAUCUGGUACCUAAAUUUAUGUUCCACACUGUUCUACUCAAUAUAUGCUAUU